CUUGUUCACGUUUCUCCCACUUGAAACCCUAGUUCUUAUUAGUUUUUUUCUCUUCAUCACUUUGAAUUUUUUAACAAAAAAGAAGGGAAAAAAAAACGCUUUGUAAAUGGCAGGAAAGGGAGAGGGUCCGGCGAUCGGUAUCGAUCUCGGUACCACAUACUCGUGUGUUGGUGUAUGGCAACAUGAUCGUGUUGAGAUCAUUGCUAAUGAUCAAGGAAACAGAACGACGCCAUCUUAUGUUGCUUUUACUGAUACGGAGCGCUUGAUCGGUGAUGCUGCUAAGAAUCAAGUCGCCAUGAAUCCAAUCAACACCGUUUUUGAUGCAAAGAGGUUGAUUGGAAGGAGAUUCACUGAUGCCUCUGUUCAGAGUGACAUCAAAUUAUGGCCUUUCAAGGUCAUUUCUGGUCCUGGCGAUAAGCCCAUGAUUGUUGUUUCAUACAAGGGUGAGGAAAAGCAAUUUGCUGCUGAAGAGAUCUCUUCUAUGGUCCUUAUAAAAAUGCGUGAGAUUGCAGAGGCUUAUCUUGGUUCCACAGUGAAAAAUGCUGUGGUUACUGUCCCUGCCUACUUCAAUGACUCACAGCGUCAGGCUACCAAAGACGCUGGAGUAAUUGCUGGCCUUAAUGUGAUGCGUAUUAUAAAUGAGCCCACGGCUGCUGCUAUUGCCUAUGGUCUUGACAAGAAGGCCACUAGUGUUGGUGAAAAGAAUGUUUUGAUUUUUGAUCUUGGAGGUGGUACUUUCGAUGUGUCUCUACUCACAAUUGAAGAGGGUAUAUUUGAGGUGAAAGCCACAGCUGGAGAUACACAUCUUGGUGGUGAAGAUUUUGAUAAUAGGAUGGUUAACCACUUUGUCCAAGAGUUCAAGAGAAAGCACAAGAAGGACAUCAGUGGAAACCCCAGAGCCCUUAGGAGGCUCAGGACAUCCUGUGAAAGGGCAAAGAGAACUCUCUCAUCAACUGCACAGACCACCAUUGAAAUUGACUCCUUGUAUGAGGGUAUUGACUUUUACUCCACCAUCACUCGAGCCAGAUUUGAGGAACUUAACAUGGAUUUAUUUAGAAAAUGUAUGGAACCAGUUGAGAAGUGUUUGAGGGAUGCCAAGAUGGACAAGAGCACUGUACACGAUGCUGUGCUUGUUGGUGGUUCUACUAGGAUUCCUAAGGUCCAGCAGCUUUUGCAGGACUUCUUUAAUGGAAAGGAACUUUGCAAGAGCAUCAACCCUGAUGAGGCUGUUGCUUAUGGUGCUGCGGUCCAAGCAGCUAUCCUGAGUGGUGAGGGUAAUGAGAAAGUUCAGGACCUUCUUUUGUUGGAUGUCACUCCUCUUUCCCUUGGUUUAGAAACUGCUGGUGGCGUCAUGACAGUGUUGAUUCCCAGGAACACUACCAUUCCCACCAAGAAGGAACAAGUAUUCUCUACCUACUCAGACAACCAGCCUGGUGUGUUGAUUCAGGUAUAUGAAGGAGAAAGAACAAGGACAAGGGAUAACAACUUGCUUGGUAAAUUCGAGCUCUCUGGCAUUCCCCCUGCUCCCAGGGGUGUUCCACAAAUUACAGUGUGCUUCGACAUUGAUGCAAAUGGUAUCUUGAAUGUGUCUGCUGAGGACAAGACCACUGGCCAGAAGAACAAGAUCACCAUUACCAAUGACAAGGGAAGACUCUCGAAGGAGGAGAUCGAGAAGAUGGUUCAAGAGGCAGAAAAGUACAAGUCUGAGGAUGAAGAACACAAAAAGAAGGUUGAGGCUAAGAAUGCAUUGGAAAAUUACUCGUACAAUAUGAGGAACACAGUGAAGGAUGAGAAGAUUGGUGCCAAGCUUUCUCCAGCUGACAAGAAGAAAAUAGAAGAUGCAAUUGAGGCUGCUAUCCAAUGGCUUGACAGCAACCAGCUAGCUGAGGCUGAUGAGUUUGAAGACAAGAUGAAGGAGUUGGAGAGCAUAUGUAACCCAAUCAUUGCUAAAAUGUAUCAGGGUGCUGGAGGUGACAUGGGUGGUGCUGCCAUGGAUGAUGAUGCUCCUGCUGGUGCAAGCGGUGCUGGCCCCAAGAUUGAGGAAGUUGACUAAAUGUGUUUUUGCAGUAUCUUAGGCGUUUAAUUUGGUCUCUUUAAAACAACUGCUUAUGAAGUUUAUUGGAUUUAUGCUCUGAUUUUUGGGCUUUGAACUCUAUUAUAACUUUAUUCAAAGCCAUGUAUCUUUUGGAAAUCAUGAUUACAGUUUUUGCCUGAUGUUUCUGUAGCCAUUUUUAUAUUUUACCAGAUAUUAGUCUGCUUCAAGUUUAA